CUGUCUGUCAGGGCAUGUCAUCUAAAACAUAACCAGGAAGAAAAGUUUAUCAGAUAGAAGUCGCGUGACGUUGACGAAAUGAGGGGCACAAAUGUUUAUUGUCAGAAUUAAGUGACCUGAAAACAAAUUGAGAGACACCAGGGCUGCGGAAAAUGCUCCGUUUUCUUUGCUGCUGCUUCUUUACUGAAGACUCCGAGAACGAGAGGCAGCCUCUCCUGGAGUCCAAGUCAUCUGACGCGAAUGAGGCUGGAUCAGCCAGGCAAACCCUUCCAUCACACAAAGCACAGAGUGUGAGUCGGACUGGGAGGCUGUUGAUGAGACGGGUGUGUGUGCCAGACUUGGACAAAAGGUUUUCGGACAUGGCUGAGACCUUCAAUGAGCAGCAGGAAUGCUAUGAGGCCAUGGUUGGACACAUCGACAACCUGCGGCACACAUACGGCUGUGCCCACAGAGACACCCUGUCCUUUUCUGAAUGUCUGGGGAAGAUCAGAAAUGAGCACAAUGCCUCAUAUAGGAUCUCUCUCAAAAUGAGAGGCUAUGACUUCUACCUUAGUGUGGUCCCUGUUGGCUUGGAAGAUGAAAGUGAAGCGAAAAUGCUGCCUCCAUGCCUGAGGACAGCUCAGAGUGAACUGAGAGGCACUUGUGAACGUGCCAAAGCCACUAUCUCAAAGGGGACCACUCUUCAAGAGCUGAUAGGGUGGCUGCUCCGAAGCCGCGAUCAAAUGUCUAAUCGGGUGAAUGAGGCAACACCGUCUUAUCAGGAGCGAGGGCGACUGAAUGAAAACCUGGAGGAGAACAUGAAGGAAGUGAGGAGAGCAAAAGAUCUUUCUAUGAAAUACAGACAGCAAGCUGGAGAGGUUUUCGUUGAAGCUGCACAGAUUGCAGGGAAUUAUUUGUAGUGUAGUGUAUGCACAUUUUAAAUGUGUUAAAUGUCAGAUUUUAAUUAUGGAAGAAGACUACUGUAUACACAUUCCUGGACGUAGAUAGGUAGAGUAAACACAGCUGGUGUUACUGUAUUGCUGGCCUUUUUUCAGCCUGUUUCUGUUUAUUUUAAGGACAUAAAGACUGGCAAUCAUAUUUGAAAUGCAAUUCUAAGCCUAUAAUGGAAUACAUGUAUUAUAAUGUAUAUUUGUUCAUGUGAACAGUUGUAAACUAUGUAAGUGUACCAGUUAACAUUAGGGGGCGUUGUAGGCUCACUUUACUGUUAGAACAGCUUGUUUUUCUUUUAUUUGCGACAGAUUAAGCCGUUCUGGAAGAAACUGCUCUUCAUAAAUUCAAAUUUCCCCAAAACCAUAAUUAGUUAUCACAUUUUAUGGAAUGCGUACCAGAUUAGACACGCAGGGUUUUUCAAAUAUUGGCGGAGAAAAAUACAAUUCUUUGGCUUUGAGAUACACUAUUCAUUGAGUAAAUUACAUUACAUUCAUUUCUUUUAUUCUGGACACAAUAUGGCUGGAAUGUAAACUGAACUGGAGGAUUGUGGUGAUCAUUAAUGUAAAUGUAGCACUCAGGUGGAGCUGUUUAUUACCCUCUAAAGCCCAUUGCACCUAUUAAAUGACUAAAAUCUA